AUGGAAGCAGCAUUGAUCGACUGGUGGCUUAGCAAAUUCGGUAAGCUGGUCGACGCACUAAUGGACCCGGUGUUGCAGAAGUGGUAUACCACUUUACAAAAAGGAGAUUAUGCCAAGGAUGAUCUUUUUCUUAGAGCGUAUGCGAGAGAAAACUUUGAAGAAGAAGAAGCCGAUCUCAUCGCAGCUUCAGAGACAGCAGGAGGCCUUGUCAGCGAAAUGGCCAUGUCCAUUCUUGGAAUCAGACGUGCCGACGAAGAGUUUGAAAAACUAGGGCUCGACAAAGCAACCAACAUCAAGGCGAUCAUGAAGCACAAAAAUCUUACAGUUUGGCUUGCAAAGGUAAAGAAACUUGGUUGGAAUCCCGUCAAGCUGCUCUUGCCCAAGCUGAAAGCCGUUUCAAGUGAUAAAGAGAUACUUGUUGAAUGUUUCUCGGCAAAUCGUCUACCAAACGAGCUUCGCGGCAAAUUGCAGGACGCAGUCUUUGAUCAAUGGGCUGGUAAGUCCGGCAGCGUCGUAUUAAAGGACCUUGGACUAGACAAGGCAGGCGACGAGCUAUUUUCGCAAGAGCUGAUACUUUCAUGGGCUGACUAUAUGUGGCGCCUUUACCCGAAAACUGCACCAACUGAGAUGGCCAGGGUGUUGUGGGGACAGUACAAACACAAGCUCAUAGCAUUAGUUGCUCGAGCCGAAGAGAGCGACAACGAACUAGUGGGAGCCCUCGCACGAGACAUUGCAGCAGCAGUGAAUCAUUAUGCCUCUGAGAUUCUUCCGGGGCCUGAAGUUCCGCCGCCAGUAGCACCGCUGCCUGAUAUUUAG